CAGAUGUCGGCAUCACUUCUUGGACGGACUAGCUUUAUGUAGCAGGAGUGCCAAAAUGCCACAGUAGCUUGGACCAGUUACAAUGUCACUUAGGGACUUCAAAGUUCCAAACCCUAUAAGUGCAGGCGCUAAAAGGACGGAUCGAAUUGCGAAGAGGAAAAACCCGAAUCAAGUUAGAGUGCGUGUGCGACCUCGCAUUGAACAAAGCAACACUCAACAGGAAGUAGGCCACCACCAGCUAGAAGAUGAUGAGGGAGAGCAACAUGCUAACGUGGAAAUGCAUAUGGGCGCUUCAGCAGCGGAUCCGCUGCCGCAUGUGCACAGCGAGUCCGAUGAUGAAGACACCGAGCAAGGCGACGACGCAUCAGUGGACGUUGCAGCUCAGGUCAGGGUCCGAAAGGCGUUCUUAAAGCACUACGCCUCGGGGGCAGACAGCCGCAGCCGCCUCCUCGACAGUGCCGCCGACACGCUGCGGGCGUUGGCCCAGGCCAUCCCACGCACAUGUCCUGGGUGCGGCGUGUCCGCGGUGUUCGGGGGAAAGCGAUGUUCCGUGACAAUUGUCACAUGGGAGCAGCCUGUGAUCGCGGAAAUACCUGUGGGCUGGUGCACAACGUGCAAGCAGGGCUGCAACUUGCUGCCGGUUCAGGCGGACUGCGUCUCCGACUCGAACAGCGGGUGGGACCUCGACCGCGCUCACUCUGGCAAGAACGUUCUCUGGUGGCACCAGUCCGUGCUGCAGAUGUAUGACAUCCUGUCAUUCAGGACCAGACAUCUCAGCGCAGACGCGUUUUGUGACGCUAUGAUGAACAGCUGGGAGCGCAAUGGGAUCUCCCGUCCAAGCUCUGUGUCGGCGACAACCCUGCGCCAGCGCAUGCGCGAGGCGCUGCUGCUGUAUAUGGACUGUCAGAACGUCAUCGAGGACUACCCGGAGGACACUAUAACCGACUGGCCUCGCGGCGCCCUGAACAGCUGCCCCUGCUGCGGUGACAGCGUCACAUGUGCAGCAAUGGCGGUGGACGCAGGCGCCGGGCCAGCUGGCGGCGCCAUGGCAGCCGGCGUAGCGGCUGCCCCUGCAGUGGUUGGGGAAACGGUGGUGGGCGCACGCGCCGGGCCGAGCGGCAGUGGCGGCGUGGCGGGUGUGGACAUGGCAGACGCCGGGCCAGCUGGCGGCGCCAUGGCAGCCGGCGUAGCGGCUGCCCCUGCAGUGGUUGGGGAAACGGUGGUGGGCGCACGCGCCGGGCCGAGCGGCAGUGGCGGCGUGGCGGGUGUGGACAUGGCAGACGCCGGGCCAGCCGGCGGCGCCAUGGCAGCCGGCGUAGCGGCUGCCCCUGCAGUGGUUGGGGAAACGGUGGUGGGCGCACGCGCCGGGCCGAGCGGCAGUGGCGGCGUGGCGGGUGUGGACAUGGCAGACGCCGGGCCAGCCGGCGGCGCCAUGGCAGCCGGCGUAGCGGCUGCCCCUGCAGUGGUUGGGGAAACGGUGGUGGGCGCACGCGCCGGGCCGAGCGGCAGUGGCGGCGUGGCGGGUGUGGACAUGGCAGACGCCGGGCCAGCCAGCGGCGCCAUGGCAGCCGGCGUAGCGGCUGCCGCUGCAGUGGCUGGGGAAACGGUGGUGGGCGCACGCGCCGGGCCGAGCGGCAGUGGCGGCGUGGCGGGUGUGGACAUGGCAGACGCCGGGCCAGCCAGCGGCGCCAUGGCAGCCGGCGUAGCGGCUGCCGCUGCAGUGGCUGGGGAAACGGUGGUGGGCGCACGCGCCGGGCCGAGCGGCAGUGGCGGCGUGGCGGGUGUGGACAUGGCAGACGCCGGGCCAGCCGGCGGCGCCAUGGCAGCCGCUACUGUGGCCAUGCUUGGUGCAGCCGCUGUCGCUUCAGCAUGGCUGCUCACCGCAUGCAGUCCUGAGGGCUCUGGUCCGGGUCCUUCUUGUCUCCACUCGGUGCACUUCGACGCAUGCUUCAAGUUGAAUUUGCUGGCGUUCAGAGGCUACGCGGCGCAGUACACGCAGCUUGCACGCCGCCGCCUUUUCCUGCCCAACACGCUCAUCCAGCAGGUACUUGCAGACGGCACGGCUUCGCAGCAGAUUGGAGCAACCCACUGCUCCAACUUCAACGCCGAUAAGGUGCUUGCAGCCGAGUCACGCAAGAACCUGAUCACGGCAGUCGGGGCUGUGCUAUGCCGGCACGGUAUGCUGCUGCGGUUGAUGAACCUGUUCGGAGGCGAACGUCAUGCCUACGCUACGACUGCGGCGUUGUCUCUCCUGAGCGCUGGAACAGCGGUGCAGUUCUGGUGGUACGACAUUGCUUGCAGGUGGGGCAAAUCCUACACCAAAUGGCUGGGACGGCAAGCUCCAGAGCUGCAGCAGCUGGGCGCAGGCCUGCGACCCCUAAUCCCGCCGUGGCAUCGGUACGCCCACAGCCUCGCCUGCCAGAAGGCAUUUGGUCACGCCAGCGUAGGUGGUGUGGGGCAGGGCACUGGGGAGCCGGCUGAGAUCUUCAACAGCGUCAUUGGGCCGCAUGGCGGGGUCACCCAGUACAUGAGUCCGGCGAAUAGGGAGGCGCAUCUGGAGCGUGUGUGCCGCCUGUACUGCCGGGACGUUUUGGAGGACAUGCCGAUGCGGCUCUGGCGCAUGCGUGAGCGUGCGAAGGCGGUCCUGUCCAGUGCGCGGCAGCGCGUUGACGACCUGGAGGCAGCCCUUGCAAAGGAGAUGAGCUGCGAGGUCGAGGAGGUGGGUAAUUAGCUUGGUGGGGGGCUUGCUUUGAGAAGUCUUCAUGU